UUCUGAGGGCGGUGCGGGCGCAGGAAGCGAAGCGAGGCUGCCGAGAGCGAGCCGGGGGCUGCGGGGCUGCAGUGAGAUGAAGCAGCGGCUCAGGGAGCGAAGACUGGCAGUGUGGCGCGACGGGCCGGCCGGGGGCCGAGGCUGCUGCUCCGGAGGCUGCUGAGUCGCCGCGGCGGCCGGCGCGGAGAGCGACAGGCGAGAGCAGGAGAGGCAGCGGAGCGCUGGGAAGCCGGCGGGGCGGCGGGCGGCUCGAGUUGGCCUCCCCGGUCGGGAUCCCCCCGGUGGAACCAUGCGGGUGGUCAAGUGGCUGACGGGGCUGCUCUACCAGCUCUCGCUCUUCAUCACCAGGUCUUGGGAAGUUCACUUCCACCCCAGGCAGGAAGCCUUAGUGAGGACACUGGCCUCCUACGAAGUGGUGACCCCCGCGCGGGUCAAUGAGUUCGGCGAAGUAUUCCCACAGAGCCACCACUUCAGCCGGAGGAAGCGCAGCUCGGAGACUCUGGAGCCCACACCGUUCAGAACCCACUACCGAAUCCGCGCCUACGGGCAGCUCUUCCAGCUGAACCUGAGCGCCGACGCGGCCUUCCUGGCUGCGGGAUACACCGAGGUGCACUUAGGGACUGCUGCGCACCCGGCGGAGGAGCGCAGCGCGGCGCCCCCAGACCUACGCCACUGCUUCUACCGCGGCCAGGUCAAUGCUCGCGAGGAUCAUACAGCGGUCUUCAGCCUCUGUGGAGGCUUGAUGGGAACAUUUAAAGCACAUGAUGGUGAAUAUUUCUUAGAACCUAUAAUGAAGGCAGAUGGGAGUGAACAUGAAGAUGAUCAUAACAAGCCACAUCUUAUAUACAGACAGGAAUUAAAGAGGAACUAUUUUCUGCAGUCUCACAAGCCUUGUGAUGUUUCAGAAAGUGAAAUAAAGAAAACUACUUUAUCCUUUCAUAACUACAGCGACGUGAAUGAAAAUCUCAAUAUAAAGGAGGAAAGAGUUUUAGGAUACACUUCAAAAAAUAUAUCGUUGGAAGAUGAAAGAAGUCAAUUGCAUUCCAGGAAAAAACGUUUUUUAUCAUAUCCAAGAUACGUGGAAGUUAUGGUUACAGCUGACUCUAAAAUGGUUCAUCAUCAUGGACAUAACUUGCAGCACUACGUACUAACUCUGAUGUCAAUUGUUGCAGCAAUCUACAAGGACUCAAGUAUUGGAAAUCUUAUAAACAUAGUAAUUGUAAAAUUAGUUAUAAUUCAUGAUGAGCAGGAAGGACCAGUCAUCAGUUUUAAUGCAGCUACCACGUUACGCAACUUCUGUUUAUGGCAACAAACUCAGAAUGUUCUUGACGAUGCCCACCCAUCCCAUCAUGAUACUGCUGUUCUUAUCACAAGGGAAGACAUUUGUGGAGCUAGAGAGAAAUGUGACACAUUAGGUUUAGCAGAAUUAGGUACCCUGUGUGAUCCUUUACGGAGCUGCUCUAUUAGUGAAGAAAAUGGACUCAGUGCUGCCUUUACUAUAGCCCAUGAGCUUGGUCAUGUAUUUAAUGUUCCACACGAUGAUAGUUUUAAAUGUAAGGAAACUGGAAUUAAACAUCAGUAUCAUGUCAUGGCUCCAACUUUAAAUUACCACACAAGUCCUUGGACCUGGUCAAAAUGUAGUCAGAAAUAUAUCACUGAAUUCCUGGAUACCGGUCAUGGGGAAUGCCUCCUUGACAAACCAAAUGGAAGAAUAUACGAUCUAUCUUCACAGCUUCCUGGAUUAAUGUAUGAUGUAAACAAGCAAUGUGAGCUUAUGUUUGGUCCUGGAUCACAAGUGUGUCCCUAUUUAAAACAAUGCAGGCGUCUCUGGUGUACCAGUGCAGAAGGAGUUCACAAGGGCUGUCGCACUCAACACAUGCCACUGGCAGAUGGAACAAACUGUGGUCCUGGGAUGCAUUGCCACCAUGGGCUAUGUGUAAAUAAAGAAAUGGAAACACGUCCUGUAGAUGGCGAUUGGGGACCAUGGGGACCUUACAGUUCUUGUUCAAGAACAUGUGGAGGUGGAAUCAAAAGCACAAGCAGGCUCUGUAAUCGCCCCGAGCCAAGAAACGGAGGCAAGUACUGUGUGGGCCGCAGGAUGAAAUUUCGAUCAUGUAACACUGAUUCAUGUCCAAAAGGCAAGCAAGACUUCCGUGAGAAGCAGUGCUCUGAUUUUGAUGGUAAACAUUUCAACAUCAAUGGUCUCUCCCCUAACGUGAGGUGGCUUCCAAAGUACAGUGGGAUUGCUGUAAAAGAUCGUUGUAAACUCUAUUGUCGGGUGGCUGGAACCACUAGCUUCUACCAACUGAAGGACAGGGUUGCUGAUGGUACUCCUUGUGGAACUGAAACAAAUGACAUCUGUGUUCAAGGCCUGUGUCGGCAAGCUGGCUGUGAUCACGUGUUAAACUCCAAGGCCAGGAGAGACAAAUGUGGUGUGUGUGGUGGGGAUAACUCCUCCUGCAGAACAAUGGCAGGUGUCUUCAACAGCGCACAUUAUGGUUAUAAUGUCGUUGUAAAGAUUCCCCCAGGAGCAACAAACAUUGAUAUUCUUCAGCACAGCUAUUCUGGAAAACCAGAAGAUGACAAUUACCUGGCAUUAUCGGACACGCAAGGGAAUUUUCUUUUGAAUGGGAAUUUUGUUGUAAGUAUGUCCAAAAGGGAAAUCAACGUACAAGGAGCUAUUUUUGAAUACAGUGGUUCAAACAACUCAAUUGAAAGGAUUAAUAGUACUGAUCGACUGGAAGAAGAACUUGUUUUGCAGGUUUUGUGCGUGGGUAAUCUAUACAACCCUGAUGUACGUUAUUCCUUCAAUAUCCCCGUGGAAGAGAAGAGUGAUCUAUUCACAUGGGACCCAUAUGGACCAUGGCAAGACUGUACAAAAAUGUGUCAAGGUCUUCAUAAAAGAAAAAUUACUUGUGUACGUAAGAGUGAUCAUAUGGUCGUGUCUGAUCAAAGCUGUGACCACUUACCACUUCCAUUGCUGGUGACUGAAAGGUGCAAUACAGACUGUGAACUCAGGUGGCACAUCACUGGCAAAAGUGAAUGUUCAGCCCUUUGCGGUCAAGGAUACAAGUCGCUGGACGUCCAUUGUAUGAAGUAUUCCAUUCAUAAAGGACAGACUGUUCCAGUAGUUGACCACCACUGCAGUGACCAACUUAAGCCUCCAACCCGAGAACCCUGCCAUGGUGAUUGUGUCUUAACCAGGUGGCAUUAUUUAGAAUGGUCUCAGUGUUCCAGGAGUUGUGGAGGAGGGGAGAGGUCUCGAGACUCUUACUGUAUAAAUAACUUUGGCCACCGUCUUGCUGACAGAGAAUGCCAGGAACUUCCCCGAGUGACAGUAGAGAAUUGCAAUGAAUUUUCCUGUCCCAGUUGGGCCACUAGUGAGUGGAGUGAGUGUCUGGUUACCUGUGGAAAAGGAACAAACCAGCGGCAGGUGUGGUGUCAACUGAAUGAAGAUCACUUGAGUGAUGGCUUCUGUGACCCAAGCACCAAGCCUGAGUCUCAAAGACCGUGUGAGCUUCAUGCGUGCACUUCCUGGCAAGUAGGACCUUGGGGUUCUUGCACAGCCACGUGUGGACAGGGGUACCAGAUGCGUGCUGUGAAAUGCGUCAACGAGCUGUUCAGUGCAGUGCUAGAUGACAGACUGUGCCAUGGAGCUAGUCGCCCAAGUGAAAGGCAGGAUUGUAUUGUUACACCUUGCCCAGUUAUCCCUAAAAUUGGGGCCACUUCCUUGCCAGCUGUUCCCGUGAGAAAGAUAACACAAUGGCGAUAUGGUUCUUGGACCCCAUGCUCUGUGUCUUGUGGAAGAGGAAAUCAAGCCCGCUAUGUAAGUUGUCGUGAUGCUCAUGAUGGAAUAGCAGAUGAAUCAUUUUGUGCCCACUUACCCCGACCAGCUGAAAUAGCUGUCUGUUUUAGCCCUUGUGGAGAGUGGCAAACAGGGAAUUGGUCACCUUGUUCAGCUUCCUGUGGCCGUGGAAAAAUGACUCGACAAGUUUUAUGCAUCAACUAUCAUCAGCCAGUUAAUGAGAAUUACUGUGACCCUGAAGUCCGCCCUGUGAUAGAACAAGAAUGUAAUCUGGCAGCCUGCCCUCCCACGUACAGCCACUUUCCGAGUUCCUCUGAGCAGCCAAGCCAUUUUCCAGGCAGGAAUUUUCCAUUAACUCACAAACCAGAAGAUAAUCAAAAUCAGGGGGUCCAUCCAUCAAUCAGAGAAAACCAGUGGCGAACAGGACCAUGGGGAUCAUGCUCUAGCAGUUGUGCUGGAGGUGUUCAACGUAGAGUUGUGGUCUGCCAGGAUGAGAAUGGACAAAGUGCCAGUUACUGCGAUGCAGCGUCCAAACCCCCAGAGUCAAAGCACUGUGAUUCGGGACCUUGUCCACAGUGGAACUAUGGAAGCUGGGGAGAAUGUACACAAACGUGUGGAGGAGGAAUAAAAUCAAGAUUUGUAAUAUGUCAGUUUCCCAAUGGCCAACUGUCACAAGAGCAAAACUGUGAAAUGUUGAACAAGCCACCUAGUGUGGUACAGUGUCAUAUACAUGCUUGCCCUGAUGAUGUAUCAUGGCAUCGGGGACCAUGGAAAUCGUGCUCAGCUUCCUGUGGUAAAGGUUUAAAAUACCGUGAGGUGCUUUGCAUUGACCAAUUUCAUGGGAAAUUAGAAGAAAAAUAUUGCAGGCAUCUACAGAAACCUCGAACACAUAAAGCUUGUAGAUCUGUCCGAUGCCCUUCAUGGAAAGCCAACAGAUGGAAGGAGUGCUCUGUGACCUGCGGCUCCGGAGUUCAGCAACGGGAUGUGUACUGCAGACUGAGAGGAGUUGGUCGGGUGGCGGAGGAAAAGUGUGAUCCAUCCACGCGGCCUUAUUUUCAGAGAGAGUGUUGGCAUCGGAACUGCACACAGUACCACUGGGUGGCAGGAGAGUGGUUGGAUUGCUCAAUAUCAUGUAAGAAAAGAGAGACAUAUCGGCAAGUGAAGUGCAUGGAUGCACAAAACAUUGAAGUGAGUGAGAGUUUCUGUGACCUCGCAACCAGACCUCUCGCCAUCAAAAAGUGCAGAAACUCUCCCUGCAAGUAUAUCGUGGUAACAGGAGACUCAUCCCAGUGUGCAGGUAACUGUGGAUUUAGUUAUCGACAAAGGAUUACAUAUUGCGUUGGGGUCCAGUCUACGGAGAAACAUAAGCUUCAUGAGCUGUGGCCUAUAGACUAUCGAGUAUGCCCUGUGCUGCCUUCCCCUCAGGUUUACAAAUGCAAUUUUAGGACCUGUUUGCAUAUGGCCACUUGGAAAGUUGGAAAAUGGAGUGAGUGCUCUGUGACUUGUGGAGUUGGGAUGAUGGAGAGAAGAGUGGAAUGCAUGGCCGAUAAUGGUCUGUCCAGUGAUUUAUGUUUAAAGCAUUUAAAACCAGAUGCUCAAAAGAAAUGUUAUGUCAGUGACUGUAAAACAUUUACCAGCUGUAAAGAAAUACAAAUGAAAAACAACAUUACCAAGGAUGGUGACUAUUACCUUAACAUUAAAGGAAGAAUAACAAAGAUCUAUUGUGCUGGCAUGCACUUGCAGAACCCUAAGGAAUAUAUAUCACUGGUCAAAGGUGAAGAAGACAACUUUUCUGAAGUGUAUGGUUUUAGACUACGAAAUCCAUAUGAAUGUCCUUUUAAUGGAAGCAGGAGGCAAGACUGUGAAUGUAAAAAUGACUAUCUGGCUGCUGGACACACUGUUUUUAGCAAAAUAAGAAUUGAUCUUACUUCCAUGCAAAUUAAAACUACAGACCUUCUUUUUGCCCAGACAAUAUUUGGAAAUGCAGUUCCAUUUGCCACAGCUGGAGAUUGCUAUAGUGCUGCCAGAUGCCCACAGGGACAGUUCAGCAUUAAUUUGGCAGGAACUGGGAUGAAGAUAUCCAGUACAGCAAAGUGGCUGGCUCAGGGCAGUUAUGCCUCUGUGAUCAUUCACAGAUCACAGGAUGGAACCAAAGUCUAUGGCAGAUGUGGAGGAUUCUGUGGAAAGUGUAUUCCUCACAUGACUACUGGUCUCCCAAUUCAAGUAGUGUGAACAUUCAGAAGAAAAGUGUGUCCCAAAGAGAAGACAUUCUCUGGAACCUGCAAAUAGCUGGUGCUUGUUUUUUUAUUCCUUCCUGAGAUUUAUGUCUAAAAUAUUUGUGCCUUUUUUCUAGGAUGCUCAUGAGGAGUCAAUCACUGCUUAAUUUUUCAAGGCCUUUGAAAUAAACUCAAUGAUACAUGGCUCUAAUCAGGAUCCUUAAAAGGAUGAAAUAAUUUAUGGUAGGGCAUACAGGGAUGUUUGAAUUAUGCUAAGAUAAUACUGCUGUUAACAGAUUGCACUGGACCAGAAUUAUGUUAUGCCUGUAAACACACAUGUAAAUCUCUGCUCACAUCCUACUGUACAAUGAAAUGUUUAUUCUACUUGUUAAAGUGGAGCAAGUAAAAAUUAGGAAAAUGAACUUAAAUCAUAAACAUUAUUGAAUCUGUCAGGAGAAUAACAAAUCAAUGGUCACAUCAAAAAAGUACAUAGCCAUUAUACUUUCUACUGAUACAGCUUAGAUACCUUGUUUUAUGUUUCCUUUAAUUUUUAACUGUGCAUUAUGGUGCUUCAAAAAAAUCACCCUAAAAUAUAAUAUAGUUUUGUAAUUAAAGUAUAUAGUUGGGUUAAAUACUAAACAUAAAAUUUUGUGGGUAUAAUACAGAAUAAGAUAUGAUAUAGUAGAAUUUCACUUAAAAACACCUACCUCUAAUUUGAUUGUACUUAUAAGAGCAAUACAUUGUUUUUAAAAUGUUUAUAUUCUAUCAUGUCUUUAUAACUUAUAUGCCUAUAUGUCUACUCUUAAAAAUUUAUUUUCUCAAAGUUAUGUACUGUAUUUUAUUAAUCAAGUAGAAAAUUAAGAAUUAUUGACAUUUUGAAGAACCUGUUUUGGUAAACAUAAAAUUAUGUUUACAUAUGCAAAAUUUUUAUUAGAGAGUUCAAGUUAUUUUAUAUCUGAGGUCUCUCAAAUCCAGAACGUGAAAGAUAGUAUAAAAAUUAACUAUUCAUGAGUAAAUGCUCAGGUAUUAAGAGAUUUUUUUAGGUGAAUAAUUUGUGUAUUAUACAACCAUUUGAUUUUAAAAGAAUCAUAGAUAAUAUUUUUCUAUGAUAACCUCCUCUAUAAACCAAGGAAGCUGAAUCUAAUGAUAGAUUUUUGCCAGGAAAUAGUAGUGUAGUAAUUUUACCCACAAAGUUUUUCUUUUUCAAACUAUUAGGGGUAUACUGUACCAUAUAAGGUACUAAAGCAAUUUUGUACCAAUGUGGUUAAAUAAACAUUUAGGGAUCUCUGUAUCAGAAAAGAAGUAUUUUGCACUAUGUGCCUGAAACCAGUUACAAACAUUAUUACGAAAUGUAUAACAUGUUCUAGAAAUGUUUUUAUGCAUAAAUAAAAUCAUAUAAUUUAUAAACAUUUGAAUAAUAAAGAUAUUUGUGUGAUACAUUGGGACUUUGCUUUCAUUUUCCUUACAUGUAAAAAAAAGAAAAAAGAAUUCUUCACCAAAAGAAGUCUGUAACUGGAAAAUCUCUUCAGAAAUUCUAAAAUAUUUUACUCUAAUUGUUGCAAUUUCAAUGGAAAUAGCUCCUGCCUAGUGCACACCCUUAUGGAAAUAGGGGCAUGGGGCUGACAGAAAUUUGCAAUGACUUCUAUUUAUAGAAGGGGUACCAUGUAUGCUCAUAUUCAGUUGGCCAAAUUAAAUCACAUGACCAAAUCCUGGGCAAUGGGACAGGGAAAUAUACUUCCGCUACAGGGCACGAUGGCCAGAUGUAUGGAAAUGAGUGAGGACUCACAAUCUUCUCCCAAGAGAGGGAGAAGAUCCUUGGAAACAAUAAGAUUUUAUGUCCACCUGUCUUCAACUUCACCAGAAAUUGCCAGAGUACUACUUUCUAAAGGGAUGGAAUAAAUUUAAAUUACCACUGCCUCUGUAUACAAAUAUUAGAAUAUCUACAUUCUCAGUGACAUGUCAAUUUUUUCUGAUCUGAUGGGGUAGAGAGCAAUAUUCAACUGUUUGAAUUUAUAUUUUGUCUAACACAAUUGCACUCAUCUCACAUGAUAGGAAAGUAAUGCUCAAAAUUCUCCAAGCCAGGCUUCAACACUACGU